AUGGAAGCGCUCCCCAGGCUGGCAGCAGAGAGAAGAGCUGGCUUGAGUCUCAUGCAGCUCUUUCUCUGCCCCUUCCCUGUGCACAGGCCACCGGCAGGAGUGCAGGGUGACACAGCUGCCAUCCAUCCGGUUCGUGCUGAAGGAGCUGAGGGGCCGCAAGGCUGCAACGACACUGGAUGCCAACAGCCUGGAGAAGCUGCUUCAGUGCCAGGCUCAGGUCAGGGUCACUUGAGGCGCAAUCUCUCCAUCCUCACCUCUCAUACACGGCCAGGGGCUGAUGCAGCUCGCGGGGGACCCUUUGUGAUGGGGGGCUGUUUGGUGAGUGCAACCCAUUUCUUGCAGGCUUGUGCCAAGCAGCUGCCACCUCCCACCUCUUCCAGCAGUGAUGGCGGACGUGGCCACGUGGAUGGCAGGUCCUGCAGGAGCAGGAUGAGGCUGCCCUGGCCAUUUGCACGGCCAGGGACCUCAGUUGCACCAGAGGCGCCAGGGCCAUUAGGCUCUGCUUGCACGGGAGCUCUCUUUGGCACCCCCAGGGAGACCUCUGCAGCCAGGAUGGCAUGCUGCCCCAGCCCAUUCAGGACCUGCUGGCUCUGCUCAGUGAGCACAGGCCAUCCACGGAGGGGAUCUGCUGGCAGGCAGCCAACGAGCGUGCCACCCACAAGGUCAGAGAGGCCCUCAAUAGCGGGGUGGAGGUCCACCUCGAAAGCCAGCCUGUGCUGCUGCUGCUGGCUGUCCUCUUGAAGGUGAGCCCUGAUGACCUGGAGCCCGGCAGCUCCCGGCUCUCUUGGUGCUGAUGGGCACCUGUGGAGCACAAGCAGAAACCCAGCCGCCUGCUCAUGAGCCAGAGGGAUGGGGAUUCUGUGGAUGCUCCUGGGGCCCAGUGGCCAAAGCCUCACGUGGAG